GACAUGGCUGUGGCUCGGCGCGGCUGGAGGCUGGCGCCUGUUCGCCGUGGCGUUGGCCGGCCCCGGGCGCGUCCGCUUAUAAGGCCCCUCUGGUUGCUCUUCGCAGUGAGCGUCUUUGGCUGGGCCGGAGCUUCGGACGGCUCCGGGGGAACGACGAGAGCCAUGGACGAGGAGAUCGUGUCCGAGAAGCAGGCGGAGGAGAGCCACAGGCAGGACAGCGCCAACCUGCUUAUCUUCAUCCUGCUGCUCACCCUCACCAUUCUGACGAUCUGGCUCUUCAAGCACCGCCGGGCCCGCUUCCUGCACGAAACCGGCCUUGCUAUGAUUUAUGGUCUUUUGGUGGGCCUUGUGCUUCGGUAUGGCAUUCAUGUUCCAAGUGAUGUGAAUAAUGUGACCCUGAGCUGUGAAGUGCAGUCAAGUCCAACUACCUUGCUGGUCAACGUCAGUGGAAAAUUUUAUGAGUAUAUGCUGAAAGGAGAGAUUAGCUCACAUGAACUCAACAAUGUUCAAGAUAAUGAAAUGCUUAGGAAGGUUACUUUUGACCCUGAAGUCUUUUUCAACAUACUGCUUCCUCCUAUCAUAUUUUACGCAGGUUACAGUCUGAAAAGGAGACACUUCUUCCGGAACCUUGGGUCUAUCUUAGCAUAUGCCUUUCUUGGAACAGCAAUUUCUUGUUUCGUUAUUGGGUCCAUAAUGUAUGGCUGUGUAACUCUGAUGAAAGUGACUGGACAGCUCGCAGGAGAUUUCUACUUUACAGAUUGCUUGCUGUUCGGCGCCAUUGUCUCAGCCACAGACCCGGUGACUGUUCUUGCCAUCUUCCAUGAACUUCAAGUUGAUGUUGAACUCUACGCUCUUCUCUUCGGUGAAAGUGUCCUCAAUGAUGCCGUUGCCAUAGUGCUGUCCUCCUCAAUAGUGGCAUACCAACCAGCUGGAGACAAUAGUCACACCUUUGAUGUCACAGCUAUGUUCAAGUCUAUUGGAAUCUUCCUUGGGAUCUUCAGUGGAUCUUUUGCAAUGGGUGCUGCUACAGGAGUGGUGACAGCUUUAGUGACAAAGUUCACCAAGUUGCGGGAGUUCCAGCUGCUGGAGACGGGUCUGUUCUUCUUGAUGUCCUGGAGCACCUUCCUUUUGGCCGAAGCCUGGGGUUUCACAGGUGUGGUUGCAGUAUUGUUUUGUGGAAUCACACAGGCACAUUAUACGUACAAUAAUUUGUCCACAGAGUCUCAACAUAGAACGAAGCAGUUGUUUGAGCUUCUCAAUUUCUUAGCGGAGAAUUUCAUCUUCUCCUACAUGGGGCUGACGCUGUUCACCUUCCAGAACCAUGUCUUCAACCCAACAUUUGUAGUAGGAGCAUUUAUUGCUAUUUUCUUGGGAAGAGCUGCCAAUAUUUACCCCUUGUCUCUCUUACUUAACUUGGGUAGAAGAAGUAAGAUUGGAUCAAAUUUUCAACACAUGAUGAUGUUUGCUGGCCUUCGUGGUGCAAUGGCAUUUGCCUUGGCCAUUCGUGACACUGCCACUUACGCACGACAAAUGAUGUUCAGCACCACACUUCUAAUUGUAUUUUUUACUGUGUGGGUAUUUGGUGGUGGCACUACUGCCAUGUUGUCAUGCUUGCAUAUAAGGUACUAUGCUAGACUCUGGGGAUACAGAGAUGAAUUGAGACAUGGCCUUUACCCUCAAGGAGCUCACAGUCUUUUUGGGGAGAUGGACAGGGUUGGUGUUGAUUCAGACCAAGACCAUUUGGGGGUUCCUGAAAAUGAAAGGAGAACUACCAAAGCAGAGAGUGCCUGGCUCUUUCGGAUGUGGUACAACUUCGAUCAUAACUACCUGAAGCCCCUGCUGACGCACAGUGGGCCUCCUCUGACUACCACACUCCCAGCCUGCUGUGGGCCCAUCGCCAGGUGCCUCACCAGCCCCCAAGCAUAUGAAAACCAGGAGCAAUUGAAAGAUGAUGACUCUGAUCUUAUUCUCAAUGAUGGUGAUAUCAGUUUGACGUAUGGGGAUUCUACUGUGAACACUGACUCUGCAACAGCCAUUCCCCCAAGGAGAUUUAUGGGCAACAAUUCUGAAGAUGCUUUGGAUCGGGAGCUUACAUUUGGGGACCACGAACUAGUCAUUCGUGGAACACGCCUGGUUCUUCCGAUGGAUGAUUCUGAACCUGCACUAAAUUCAUUAGAUGAUACAAGACACAGUCCAGCCUAAGCUUUCUAAUACUCACUUAGUGGUUUGUAAACUUUGCACAUGUGAUUGUGAAGAAAUGUGUACUACCUACAAGUCCUAGUGCAUGUCUCCGAAUGUGUAAGCUAUAUAAAUGCUAUUUAUAUGGCAUAGGAAGAAUAUAAAUACCCUGUACCAGGCAGAUUGUUCACAAUCUGCCCUCUUAAGUUUUGCUGGCUGCACUACAUUGGCUUGAUCUGUUUUAGAAAGUUACUUUCAUAGUAAUGUUGUGUGUUCUGUUAGUUUAAUGUUUCAGUUAAAGUAUAAAAGUGACAGAUAGGCCCUUUCUUAUAUUUAUCUGACACUUAACCAGAGUACUAAGUUCUUGUGAUGUGAAUUAAUUUGUGUGUGGCAGGGAAGGGGGAGGGAAGGGGAAGGGAAGGGGGAGAGAAGGGGGAGCUGUUAUUCCCUGGGAACCUAAGGAGGAGAGGUUCCUUUGUUGGGAAACUUUUGUUGAUUGCUGCUGCCUUUGUCGUGACUUUUUUCUUCCCCUUUUCUCUGGUGGCCCUUUGUGGUGCAAGGAGCUGAUGGCAUUUUGAUCUCAUCCCAUUCAGGUUGGGGACUGAAGUGUGGGGGAUGUUUUCCCCCAUUGAUGUGAAAGAACAGAUUUCCUGACUACAGUACAUUGAUGCUCUGAGAAAGAAGGCUACAAAUGACCUCCAAGACCUUAUGUCUUUUCUUUCCCACCAAGACCCUAGGAAUUGCAUCCAGCUGGCUUAGCCAAAGUAUAGGUGUAUAGAGUUCAGGGCACUUGUUACAGAUUUGGGGGCACUGGAGCAAGUGGACAUGGGGCAUAGGCUGGUGGUGUUGGAGGUCUCUCUUCCCAAAUAUGUAAAUAUUCUAUACCAGAUAAGUUGAAAUAAGAAAUGUAAUUGCUGCUUCAUUUUGAUUAUGUUCUUUGUGUGUGUGGUAAGCCUUGUCAUCAGAAGUUUUUAUAUCAAUUUAAAUCGCUGCUCUUUAGCAGCUAAACAGGAGCAACAUGUAAAAUUUUUAAACUUACGACGUUGAAUGGUCACUUGAUAGUUGACAUUCAAAGUUAAUUUAUGAACCUGUGAUUGUUCUGUACUGCACCAGAGGCAGCCGAUAAGAGAAACACAGUGCUCUGCUGUGUCUUUGAAAGGAUUCUGCUUUGUGUAAAGUGGGUGCAGUUGUCUUCAUUGUCGUGUUCCUUUUUACUAUUAGACACCUAAGCUACCGUGUGGUAUUUCUUGAGGCUUUUUCACUUCAUAUUCAUCAUAUGAGUGGUUUCUAUUUUGUAGUGCUGCAAAUACCUAAAGGUACAUUUGAACACUUGGAAGGGGAUACUUUUUGAUGCUGAUUCUGACUUGUUUCUGAUUCAGGUCUGGGGUGCAUUGCCUUAAAUCUAAUCCAAUGAGAAAAUUGAUUACUUAUGUGAUGUUCAAAUUUUCCACUGAAAAAUACCCUUCCAAACAAGACAUGCACUUACCCUCCAAAGGGUUCUGUGCCACUGUAAGCACUCCUUGAGAUGUUAGGGAAUCCUAAGGUUGUCCCCCUCGUGGCAGCCUUGCCGGUUGGCAUGGUCAUUUGUUAUGUAGUGGUAGUGACUUUCCUGCUAUGCAGGAACCCCUCCUGUGAAGUGUACAUUUUAUAUGAUGUGUGGCUCUUCAUGCACUAAAGAAUUUCUUCUUCAUGUAUGUUUGGGGAUUUUGAAUGUCAGCAUCAUUGACCCACACAGUUACUCAAGUUGUAAAAGGGUAUGUAGUAAUUUAACUACUCUUUUUUAUUCUGUCAGGUUACUGCACUCACAUUAUGAAAAUGGCUAUAAAUACUUAGCAUGACAAAUGAUGUAACCUGUCUCCUUCCGCAUGCAUAAGACUUCUCAUUAAGGAAACUGAUAAUGUGUGAGGCCACUAAAUCUGCCUUCAGUACUUUAUCAAAGGGGAACCAAGCCUGUUGUGCUUACAUCUUCAUCUGGAGGAUAUUUUUCCCUCUCUCAUCUAUGUACACACCCCCAUACAAAGAGAAAACCAUCUUUGUUGAGACAGCCAUUGGAAUUAAAGACCUGAAUGAACUUUGAUGAAGUACAGUCUGAGUUACCAUCAUGCAUGAGUGAAUUGCUCUCUUGGACCUGUUUUUCUGUUGUUCGUGGAACCUCCAUGUUGGAUUGACUUGAACAUUGCAUCUUUCAGAGUUAUUUUUUAAGAUCUCUUGGCAUUUAUCCUAGUCUGUGUUUGGCAGUGUGCUGUUAAAGUACUAGACUUCUAAUCUUUAUGUGCUUUUUGUUUUCCCUUGGAGUACUUGGAAAGAUGUUAUAGUGGUUUCUUUUAGGAAAAUCUGUCAUUAAAAAAAUUAUAGCCUUGCAAAUAA